AUGACUGUGUCCCACGCCAUCAUUUUUGGAUAUGUCCUCACUGCUGCUGUUAUAAUGGGAGAGUGUGUGUUACAAGCCAGUUCCUCCCAGAGUGCUGAGAGCCUGCAUGACAAUUUCAUAGGGUUUGACUCAGCCCCUGACAAAGUGGUAGAUGGCUCAGCGGUCCGUGUGCGGUAUCAGUGCUCCCGGCCAUGUCAGCUCGCAGUCGAAGUGGUGGCAUCCACAUUAAGGAAGACAGAUUUAUUGGUCUUCAGGAGGAAAUGGAUCAGCAGCACACCCCGAGUCCUCAGGAUCCACCAGGUGCUGCUCAGAUUGCCUCCGUCCAUUUUAUAUCAACACGACUUUUUUAACAGGAAUGAUUUGGAGGCUGAAAAUGUGACAGUUCGUGCUUGGCUGCACCAUCUUAAAGACAUCCGCCAACCCGGGACAUACCAUGGCUCCAUGUUGAAGAUUUAUAAAGUGCUGCAGGUAACACCACCCUCACAGCGUCCAACUAAGCCUCACACUGAGUGCCCUUCAUGGUCUGCCUACCUGGUGUGGCAGGUAUCCAGAGACAGACUCAGUCAGUGUCCGCAUGAGUCAGAUGUAAUAGAUGUACUGAAGUUCCCUUUGGCAAGUACUGGUGAGCACUUUGGUGUUGUGCGCAGGUUCCAGCCUUUCAUGGACGGAGGCCUGGAGAGAGUCCGUCUUCAUGCUGUGACACAGCCCAGCGUCGCCUUAUCUGUGUGGAUCUACCUACUGGAACGCUGUCACAGGAAGCUCUGUGGGAUCAUCCAUCACCUCGAUAGGAAAAAUGCAUUCGGCUCUGUUCUGAUGCAGCUCACAGACACAGGGGACGUCAUAAUUCAGGCACGUGUGACAACAGGAGAAGAUGAAGCUUUCCAAACCAGCAUAGCGUUGCCUCUGUGGAAAUGGAUUAGAUUAGACUGCUACAUACGAGACUCAAAGGUGCUGUUGUAUACAACGUGGGAUGAUGAAACCCGCAGAUAUGAAUACGAAUUUCAGGACAGCAUCUAUUAUGAUGACACUGAUGGAUACUUUGUGAUUGGAGGAAGCAAAUACAUGCCAGGGAUCCACGGGUAUUAUGGGCCUAUCAAAUACCAUCGUUUAGGAACUGAAGAGAUAAAAACUCACCUCAACCCCGAGGCAACAUUACAGGAGCUGGAUAAGACUCAUCGCGAGUGUCAGGAAAUAAAAAGGUUUACAAAAGCUUUUCUGAGAGAAGUAACUGAGCGUCACCUCUCGUCAACAAUCAGCAAAGGAUCUUUGGGCAUGAAGCAGCUCAGGACUGCUUUGUUUAAGGAGGCAGUUGCUACAAUGUUCCCUGUGGAUCAGGAGCAAAUUAAAAUCACAUCCCAAUCAAUGUCCCUGCUACAAGUGUCCUCCUGCUUUGGAAAUCACAAAGCGUCUCUGUUGCUGGCCUCUGUCCUCCUCUCUGGCCUGGGACACACAGUCGAUCAGCAGCAGGCCCAUGUCUAUAGUUUGAUUGGUGCAUCAGGCGAUGACCGUUUUGCCCUGAUGCAUGCAGGGUACAAACACACACAAGGAAUUGAUGGCUUCCCUAAAGACCUGGACAUGGCUUACAGCUACUAUUCUAAUGCUGGGGCCCAGAGCAGCACUGACAGUUCCAACAUACAUGACACUGAGCAAUACACACCUGAACACAUCUAUCUAAGCAACCAGAAGGAUUUAAACAGCCUGACACAUGAGAGCAGUGACGUCUUUCAGUAUCUGAAACUCCAAGCAGAGAGGGGAGACGCAGAAUCUCAGAGACGCCUGGGAUUAAUGCUUUACUGGGGACAAAAUGGAGUCUCAAAAGACAUAGAGAGUGCACUGAAGUGGUUUGAGAGAAGUGCUAUGCAAAUGAAGGAUCCCUCAGCGAUGUACGACUACUCCAUCCUACUGAUGAAGGGUGAGGGAGUGAAAAGAAACUUCACCCGAGGUUUUCAGCUGCUGAAGAAAGCUGCAGCGAUGGGCUCAAUUAAUGCCUUGAAUGGUUUGGGCUGGUACCAUGGGAUUGUACUGAACGACCACAGAAAUGCAGUGAAAUACUUUGAGCAAGCUGCGCUAAAUGGGAGCGAUGAUGGCAUGUUUAAUCUGGGAGUUUAUCAUCUCAGUGGGAAAAACCCACACAACCCACAGAGGAACGAGAUGGCUGCAUUCCAGCAGUUUCUUAACGCAUCUCGCUUCGGUCAUGUGGCUGCAUCAGUGGAGGCAGCCUGGUACCUUUCGACAGGAAGCCUGAAAGGGGUGUCUCAGGAUGUGGAGAGGGCUGUGAUAAUGCUAAAAAAGGUCUGUGAACAGAACGGACACCUUGGAUUUAUGAUCAGAGAGGCUCUCCAGGCCUACCUCCAGGGUUCUUGGCAGGAAGCGUUUGUGAAGUACGUUUUGGCAGCUGAAACCGGUCUGGGUUUGGCCCAGAGCAAUGCUGCGCACCUGUGUGAAGUACAUGAGCUGAAUCUCAGUUAUGAUUGUCAGUGGAGAUAUCAUAACUACUCUAUAUUAAACUAUGAUCCCCAUCAGUCCGCUCUGCUGAAAAUGGGAGACUACUACUACUAUUCCUCCAGCACGCAAGAAGACUCAUUAUCCUUGGUUGGUCAGGCCGUAUCGAUGUAUAGCAGAGCAGCUCUAGCGGGCAGUCCUCAGGGAAUGUACAACCUGGUCGUUUUGGUUCAACAGGGGCACGUUCUUCCACUGAGUGUCCGUGGACUGUUUAAUGUGUCACAUCAUGAUAAGAAGGACGCUGUGGUGGAGAAGAUGCUAAAAAGAUGUGUGGAGACUGACUCUGAAGACGCAGUAACACCCUGUUCUUUAGCUCUGCUCGGAGUCCAGAUGGGAAAAGCCUUGAGGAGGAUGACUCAGAACGGUGCACAGCUCCUCUUGGGGAAGGAGAAGGAGCAGUCUACCCCUGUAUCACCAUCAAACGGUGUGGAGUUUCGAAUGGUGAACAGUGGCGACAUUAAGGUGAGUGCACGCAGGAACGUCUACUGGUGGCGCCAUGAUGACAGCGUGAUGACCGGUAUACUAAUCUCUAAGGAAAGAUGCCUGAGGAACAGCAAAAACUGA